AUGAGCAAUGACCCGAUCAAUGUCGCGGAUGCUUACAAGUAUCCUCCAAACUGGCAUAUCGUCAACUGUACCACGCCAGCUCAAUAUUUCCACGUUUUGCGUCGCCAGAUGCUCCGACCUUACCGAAAGCCAUUGAUCGCCAUUACCCCAAAGAGUCUCUUGAAAUCUCCAAUGGCAGUCAGUUCUUUGGAAGACAUGGCCCCAGGAACAAGCUUCAAGCCCGUCUUGGACGAUCCAGUCACGAUGAUUAAUCCUGAAAAAGUGGAAAAAGUUGUGUUUGUGAGUGGUAAAUUGUACUAUGAUUUGGCCAAGACCAAAGCGGCGAAAGAGUUAGAUGAUCGCGUCGCCAUCAUUCGUAUCGAAGAAUUAUCGCCAUUCCCAAGAGAUGACAUCCAGAGAGAAAUUCAGAAAUAUCAGCAAGCCAGCGAGUUUGUCUGGUGCCAGGAAGAGCCUGAAAAUGCCGGCGCUUACACCUUCAUGGCACCUCGUCUUUCCCAGAUCGUUCCCACGAAAGAGAUUCGUUACAUUGGCCGUGAACCGCUCUCUGCACCCGCCACGGCCGUGGCCUCUCGCUACCGCCGCGAACAGCAGCAAUUAAUAGAAGACGCUAUCCACAUGUAA